AUGGCCAAACUGUGGGGAAUGUCGGAUUCGAUGGCCCUCUACCUGAUCGCUAUUGUGAACACUCUUAAUGGCCUGCCGAUCGUGGGAACUAUGCUGGGAAGGCAGCAUGAUUCAACAUAUAUGGGCAUGCAAGCACUGUUCGGGCAAUUCCGACAUGGUGAGCCGCAGGAUGUCCCCGACCCGGCCCAGGAAUUGCAGUUCCCGGAUGCUGCCCAGCGGCCAUUGCCCACUUACCUCCACCACCCCGACGAGAAGCAAGUCUCAGGUGAAGAAGUCGAGUGCACUUAG